CCCCCCCCACGUGUUUUUAUCAUAGCCAAAUGGUUUUUCUUUUUGAAGUCCGCCCCCAUCUCAUCACCGUCUCCCUAGCACUCAUUUGGAGAUAACAAGCCGUUAUCAGUUGCUUAGGAAACGCGCGGCGCGGUACCUGGAACCUGAUAGCAGCGUGUUGUGUUUUGUACAUUAACUCCCUUGUCCCUCUCAGGGAUUAAAACUUGCCGUUCUUCCUCUAGAGCCUCGAGCAAGUCCUUUAAAAGCUGCAGAUCUAUUGAUUGACAGGAUUAAAGUACAUCUUGGAAUCUGGGUUUUUCAGAAGUGAAAAGGACCUUGGGUAAAAUCGAGUUCAUUUCUCAUUCAUUUCACAGAAGACACCGGACCUAAAGAGCGUAGUGUUGCUUGAUGAAGAUUCCGCACCUUUCGUGGUUAGGGUUAGAGCUGCAGACACUUUUUGCCACUGAACUUGUACCAGGUCUACUGUGUCAGUUCAGCCUGCUCCGGACAAUGUAUCCACCAGAAGGGAUGACCCUUGGCUUACAGGACUUCUCAGGUUGAUUGAGAAGUUAGGCCUGGCCCUUGGGAUGGCUCUAGAGAGUAGUAGGCACGGCACUGUUUCUGGCUGUUUUCACAGGUGAAUUCCCUUAGAAAGGUAGGUAGCCUUGUCUCCGUGCUACAAGUAUGUUCUAAGAAACUGCAGAGAUGAAGCGGAGAGAGAUACCUGGCUGUGGGGACAGUCCACUUGCAGAGGAAUAGCCACAAUGGAUACUGCCAGUCAUAGCCUUGUCCUGCUGCAGCAGUUGAACAUGCAGCGUGAGUUUGGAUUUCUGUGUGACUGCACGGUUGCUAUUGGAGAUGUUUACUUCAAAGCCCACAGAGCAGUACUUGCUGCUUUUUCCAACUAUUUCAAGAUGAUAUUUAUUCACCAAACAAGUGAAUGCAUAAAAAUACAACCAACUGACAUCCAGCCUGAUAUAUUCAGCUACUUGUUGCAUAUUAUGUACACAGGAAAAGGGCCAAAACAGAUUGUGGAUCAUAGUCGUUUGGAGGAAGGGAUCCGAUUUCUCCAUGCUGACUACCUUUCCCACAUUGCAACUGAAAUGAAUCAAGUGUUCUCUCCAGAGACUGUGCAGACCUCCAAUCUGUACGGUAUUCAGAUUUCAACAACCCAGAAGCCAGCUGUCAAACAAGGGCUGGAGAUGAAAGAGGCUCCCCCCAGCAGCAGCGGAAACAGAGCUGCUGUCCAGAGCGAGCACCCGCAGCUGCAGCUCUCUCUCGCCAUCGGCCUAGAUGACGGAAGUGCGGAGCAGCAGAGGGCCCAUCCUGCUGCCCAGGCCUUGGAGGAGCACCAGAGGCCCCCGGUGUCCAUCAAACAGGAGAGGUGUGACCCGGAGUCUGCGGUCUCCCGGGGCCACUCCUCGUCCUCCUCAGAAGUGACUGGCCCCUCCUUUACAGAAAACAGUAUCAGAGUCCACUUGUGCCACUACUGUGGGGAACGCUUCGAAUCUCGUGGUCGCCUGAGACAGCACCUCCACACGCAUGCGUCUGCAUCUCUCCCGUUUGGUGUCCCUGCUUCCAUUCUGGAAAGUAAUGACCUUGGUGAAGUGCGUCCACUUAGUGACAGCAGUGAGGCUCUUGAAUGCCGGAGGCUCAGCUCCUUCGUCGUCAAGGAGAGUGAGCAGCAGCCGCCACCGCCGCCGCCUGAGCACUCAAGCCGGGGUACUGCAGAGCCUUUACAGAUCAGUCAAGUAUCUUUGAUCUCCAAAGACACAGAGCCAGUAGAAUUAAACUGUAAUUUUUCUUUUUCAAGAAAAAGAAAAAUCAGUUGUACCAUCUGCGGUCACAAAUUUCUUCGAAAAAGCCAGUUACUGGAACACAUGUAUACACAUAAAGGUAAAUCUUACAGAUAUAACAGAUGCCAAAGGUUUGGAAAUUCAUUGGCCCAGAGGUUUCAGCAGUAUUGUGACAGCUGGCCCGAUGCCCCCCUGAAAAGUUCUCGCUUGUCACCAGAACAUGUAGACUUGCCUUGUGCCUUCGAGUCAGAGCUCACACAAGGAAGUGUGGACACCAUCCUUGUGGAGUAGCGGCUCCUAAUUUAGGAUUUUUAUGCCAACCUUGGAAAAGAUUCAUACACCUCUUUUAAUUCAUAAAUUAUUUACCUUCUCAUGGUCUGUUGACUUAAAAUAAUCUGUCCCUGGUUUUGAGGUUGUACAUACCAGUUCUUUUAAGACAUGGAUAUUAAACAUAACUUCUAAAUUA